GGUACUUGAACCUUGCUUAUAACUUACUGGCUACUGUUUGAAUUCAAUGAUUAUUAAGUUCUACCUAGGAAUAUUUUUGAAUCAUUGUAUCAAUUACAUCCAUAUUACUUCUGUUAAUUUCAGUAAUAUAUUCGUAAUUGAUUCAUGCCCUUUAUGAAAAGUUUAUGUUUUUAGUUUGGAUAUAUCAGAUAGGUAAAAUUUAAAAAAAAUAUGCGUGCAGACCAAAAUCAAAGUACUUCUGAGCAGGUUAAUAGAUGAUAAUAAUUUUUAAGUUUAAAAUUGAUUAUUCCUCAUUGUGUAUAUUUUAAUUUUCUUCAGGUGACUGCACUUUUAAAUGAAGCUGCUGUGACUCCUGAUGAGAACACUAAGCUUGAUUUGCUAUACAAAGUUAAGGAAGUACUAUUGUAUCAAGAACCAAAGUUGUUGACUCAAUUUAUUACUGAUGUAAUUGCAUACCAACAUGAUCAUAAGACAAUGAUAAGAAAAUUUAUUGUAGUGUUUAUUGAAGAAUGCUGGUAAUUUGAUUCAUUUAGUAUUAUUUUUAAAGAUAUUUUAUUUUUUUGUUAUUUUUUAGCAAUAAAGAUAAAUCAAAUGUAUGUAUCACUUUGCCAAAUUUAUUGAUGCUGCUAACAGAUCGAUCACCUAUUGUUCUAAAAAGAGUGGUACAAGCAGCUUGCUAUGUUUACAGAGCUGGCUUGAAAUGGAUAUCAAUGACUGAUUUACCCAGUUCUGAUAUCUCCAAUGUAUGGCAAGACCUAUCCAAUUUGAAAUCUUAUGUAAUUAACAUGAUUGAUAAUGACAAUGGAGGGUAAUCACCAAUUAAAAUUUUUCUCUAUAUUAAAUGAUUUAUAUUAUUUUUUUUUUUUUUUUUGUAGUAUUCGAACUCAAGUAAUUAAAUUUUUGGAAACAGUUAUUCUUGUACAAACAUAUAAAGGUGAAGGUGGAUUAUAUCAUGAUAAUGAUAUGUCACUUGAGGAUAUACCUUUGACUCUUAAAGUGACACGUCGUAGGCGACUUGAAGAUGAAGCUAGGUAUUUAUAGGUAAAAAUAAAUGUAUACGUAUCAUGACAUUUCUUUUAAAUUAUAGAGUGUUAUUUGAUCUUCUAUCAAGAUUUUGCAGUUCUGGUAAUGUAGGUUGUGCAAAUUUAAUAACAUGUAUGAAUUCAUUGUCAUUAAUUGCAAAAUGGCGGGUGCCAUUCAUUGAAAAAGUUCUAACUUCAUUUGAAACUUUAACUAGUAAGUAUUUUUAUAUUGUAAGUGUUGUAUUUCCUAUAAAAAAGAUUGAAUUUUUAUUUAGUAUAAAUUAAUAUUAUAAUUUAUAAAUAAAUAUUAAAAAAAUGAGAUAAUAUUUAUUAAAAAUUUUAAGUACAUGAGUUGUUCAUGUAUAUUAGUAUAUAUGUGUAUGUAUGUUAUAUCAACAUUGUGUUACAUGUAUGUGUAUGUUAUAUGCAUGUAAAUAGGUGUGUAUAUAUUAUGUCAAAUUUUUCUUCAUUAAAUCUUUAGACAGGUUGUGAAACUCUCAAUGUUUUUUCACAUUUAUAUGGUUAAAUCUGGCUUCCUUUGUGGUUUUGCUUCAAUUAAUAUCUCAUAAGUUCCAGUCUUUGGUUUUGUAUUUUCACUAACUUCUACAAUUUCUCUAUAAUCUGUGUUUGAGUGCUGAUGGAUUAAUAAUAUUGUCUUUGUAAUUUAUUCAGAAAUAUGAGUUAUUUAUCAAUUAUAUAUUUUAUUAUGUAACUAUACCAAACAAAAAUUUAAAUAUGUUGUUUUUUUGUGGCCUUUAUUACACACUAAAUACAUACUACCAAUUACUGUAAACAAAAUUGUUUAAUAGCAUUUAAAUAUAUUAUUUUAAUAUACUUAUAUUUAACAAUAUGUAUAUAUUUUUAUUAGAAAAUUUACCUAAUUCUUUGAAACAAAGUCAAAAAAAUAGUGUUCUAAAGAAUCUAAAAAUGCAAUUAUUGCAAUUAUUACGUCUCCCUUCUUCAACAGAAUACCAACAAACUAUUGGAAGAUUAUUAUUGGAUAUUGGUGCUUCUAAUCAAGAAGUAAUUAUGCAAAUAUAAAUAUAAAAUAUCUAUAAUAUCUUUGAAUGUAUAAAAAAUUAUUGUAAUUUCUUUUUAGAUUAUGAAAGCACUCCAGGUACUCUCGAAAAAUGACGAUAGUAAAAAGUUACUACGAUCUUUAAAACGUAAAAAUGAAGAUAAAGAUGAUAAAAAGUUAGACAAAGAAGAUAUACCAGAAAAAAAAAGAUGUACUGAAGGUAUUAUAUUCCAAGAUCCUAAUAUUAAUAUUGUUAAGGCGUGGAUUCUUGAAAAAUUCACUCCAGAGUCUAUUACAAACUUAGUUAUGUUAUUCAUGGUGAGUUUAUUAUAAUAUAUAUAAUUUUUUUUUUAAUGUUUUUUUAGAACAAAAAUAAUAUUUUUAUUAUAUUAUAUAAUUAUUUUAUAAAAUGUUAAAUACUUUAAUUUUUAGCCGAAAUUACCAUCUAAAAUGCCUUUAGCGUUUAGCGCUAAUUACUCUCCUAUUGCUGCAGCUGGUACUGAUAACCAUAUACAACAUGUUGCUAAAUUGUUAGCUACUCAACUAUGUUGCUCAGAUGUUGUUAUUCCUGGUCUACAGUAUAUAAAAAAAGAAGACUAUGAAUUUAUAGAUGAAAAAAACGAAGAAAUUAUAAAAAUGGAAGAUGAUGACAUGCUUCUAAAUCAGCCAGCCGAACUAAAUUUGGAAAACUGUUUAAUUGAUCCUACUGAAGCCGAAGAAUUAUCUCUUGAUGCUUUACUUAGAAUCUUAGAUACUAGUAAAAUUGUUUUGUCUAAACAAUUUAAAGAAGUACACACAAAAGCUAUAACUAAAAUAGCUGUAAUGUGUGGUGAUGAUUAUCGUAAUAGUAAGUUAUAAUAUAAAUACAUUUUUAAAAUAAAUAGAAUUUAUGUUUAUUUGUUUUUUUGAAGCUAUACUCGAUUAUAUAAAUCUGGAUAUGGUCAAUAAUAUGGAUUUGUGCUUAUCAUGGUUGUAUGAAGAAUACAGUGUCACUCAAGGUUUUAUUAAACUACCAACUGCAUUCAGGAAUACUCUAUCUUCAGAACAAAAUUAUAAUACUGUUUUAUGCUCACUAAUUAGAGCUGCUUUGGGUAUUGAAGAUCUCAAAGAAAAAGAAGAGUAAAUUUUAUUUAUAUUAUAUUAUUUAGUUUGCUCAAUGAAAUUAAUAUUGAAAAAUAUAAAAUUUGUAUAGUGUUUUGACUACUCUUUAUUUUGAGAGUCCAUUUAUUACUGAUGAUGCUGUUGAAAUUCUGAAAGAAAUAAGUCCUGAUCUUCCAUUCGGACUUACCAUCCUCAAUGAAUUGGUUACUAAACGACCUCCAAGACAUUUAUUAUACUUGAAUGCACUUCUUUUCUUCACUUCACAUAAGAAUGAACAAGUAAUUAAAAAUAGAACUUAAUAUUCAAUAAUAUGCUAUGCUUGGAAAAAAUUAAUUUUCUAUUAAAGUAUUGAACAUAUUUUUAACAUCAAUAAAUUAGUUUAAAACAAAAAGUUAAAAUUCAUUAAAAAUACUACUUUGGUCAAAUUUAUUAUGUAUAUAUUUUUUUUCAUUAUAUUUUUUAUUAUAUUUAUGAACAUAAAAUUUACAGAAAUUAUAAUUUCGUUUUAAUUUUUAUCUUUUAAAUAUGUUUAUACUUAUAUAUUCUUAAGUAUUUUUAUCUAAUAGGUCAUGAGAUUCAUUUUUCAUCUUGUAUCAGGAAAUAUUUAAAAUUUGAUUUUGAAUUUUUCAGUGAUAGAGUCAUUUAAGAAUCAUAUUUGUACUAUUAUUAUUCAAUUAAAAAUAGAUUCAUUUCCUGACAUGCAUAAUUCUAAAAUUUACAAAAAUAUAAAUAGUUAACUGAUAACUGUAACAUGUAUAUUGGUCCACCAAAUUAUAAUAUAUUGCUACCCAUACUCAAUUCAGAAUAAAAAGACACACUAGUUCUCACAUGCACAACAUAUGUUCAUUUAAGAGUUCUAAUACAAGUUAAAACUAGAUUUUCAAUACGGUAGAAUCUGCUUAAGGGGAAAACAUCGGGCAGUAACCUAUUUAUUCCUAUUAUCCAACUGUCCCCAUUAGCUGAAUUAAUGAAAAAAAAAAAAACCGAAAAAACUAUUAAAGUGUAUAUACACAGGUACAUAAUUUUUUUUGUAAAAAUAUGAGUAAUAUUAUUCUAAAAGUUAAAUGAUUUCAUAAUGUGUAUAUCUGAACGAAGUUCAAAAUCUUAUUUCGUCAGUAAUGGUUUAUCGUUGCUUACAGACAAAUUAAAUUUAUGCAUCUUAACUUCCUAUCUACAAUAGUGGCGCACCCAUGAACAGUAUCAACUCGUUUUGUUUCAGUUGAUUAUACUUUCAAUUCUCUUACCAAUUAAUACAAAAUAAUAAUUUUUUAAAAUUCUAAAUGUGCCCUUGCUUUUCAAUAAUCUUAUUUGAUGUAUAAAUAUAAUUAUGAUUUUAACUUUGGUCCAUUUCACACAGUAUUGAUCAUUUAACAUGUUUGUAUUUAAGUUUCUAUAGUAAAAUUAUGGAUUGUGUCUUCUUCUGAAUAUGAAAUAUAUUAUGCUUUUAAUUGUUUAUUUUAACUGAACUAACUAAAUUUUAGUUAAUAAUCCACCUUAGUUGCAAAAUUUAAUCAACAUUGUUUGAUAAGAUCAUUGUAGUAUCUUCUUUUAGGUUAUUAUAUUUAUAUAAUAAAAUAUUUUUAGCUUCGAGAGGUGGCAUUGAAUUUUAUCAGUAAAUUAUACGAUUACAAAGACCUGAAAAAUAUUAUUGAAGAAUAUGCUACAUUUUAUUUGGGAUUUUUAAGAUUGCAAAUACCGCCUGAGGUGCUUUUUGGAAAGGGAACCGGUCGAUUACCAAAAUCUGAAAUUUGGGAUGAAGAUUCAAUUACAGCUUGUUUAUACUUAUAUUUCAUGUUAAUGCCGUACAACUAUGAACUAAUUCAUGAGUAAUAUCCUUAAUAUAGUAUACUUAAUAUUUAAUUUAAUUAUUAAUAGUAAUAUAUUUUAAUUAUCUACUAGGUUGGCAACUGUAUUUACUUACACUCAAGGAGAAGUCAAGCGUACAAUUAUAAAACUUUUACCACAGCCUCUUCAAAACAUACCAAUGAAUUCAGCUGAAAUAUUUAGACUUCUUGAAGACUUACCAAAAGGUGCUGAAGCAAUGAUAAUCAGAAUAUUGCAUAUUUUAACUGAAAAAGGUAAAUUGCUAGUUUUUAUUAAAUUAUUUUUAAAAUAUCUACAUAUUUUAGCAUUUUGUGAGAAAACCCUCUCUUGAAAAAAGAAAACCCUUUCUUAGCUGAAAAAACAUUACUCUAAAUAUUUGAAUUUAAUUAAAAGUACAAAAAAAUGUACAAUUUACAUAGAAGUACAGUUUUUUUGGAAUUAAAAUUGUUUAAAAUUACUGAAUACAGCAUUUUUAUUGGGUUUAAGCACCAAACAAUUUUUUAAGAAAUACGUCAUUGUAAUUUGUGGCUCCCUUGAUUCUCUUAUAUAGUAAUAACUUAUCGCCAUUAGCAUAUUAUUGAUAAUCUAAUAUAAACAAUUUAUUAUAUGGGUGUAAAAAUAUCAGUUUAUUUCAAUAAUGUUUACCAAUAAAAUCUAUAACUGACCUAAAUUAUGUUUAAAAUUGGUUAAAUUUGGUGUAAGAUUUUAAACCAUGAUAUUUUACACACAUUUUGUUUAAAAAUUAAAAUAUCAGGAAAAAAACUGAAGACAAAAUACAAAUAAUUUUUACAUUUAAGUUUAAUAACUCAUAGGUUAAUUAGUUUUAAUAUUAAAACUACUAGAACAAAGUUAUUUCUACUGAUAUAUUUAGGUAUAUCUUAAUUUGUGGUAUAGUGUCAUCCUAGUGAUCGUAAUUGAUAACUAGAAGAAUUAAUAAUUAAUUAUACUACAGUCAUUUUCUAGAUUGUGCCAUCAUUAAAUACGAUUUUUGGGGAAACAUUCACCCAUAAAUAAUGAAGAUAGGUUUAGCUAAUAAGUAUACAAAUAUUUAAUAAAUAAAGAGAAAAAGGUAUUUCUUUAUUAUCUAUGCAUUCAUAAGACACUAUCACUAUUCUAUCUUGGAUAGAUAAAUAGCUGGACUAUUUUCAAUCAUAUUGAAUAUCAUGAACCACAGUUAAAGAUAUACCCUUAGAUAUAUAAAACAAUUUUAAAAAAAUUCCAUAUAUCUAUGGAUAUACCUUUAGAUUUAUCAUAUAUUAUUUUUAAUCGAUAUAUGGACUGAUAAUGACAUGGCAGGCGGGUGGUAAUGGUGCGGUUUUUCGACGGAAAAUACUUGCGAGUGGUAUCCACGAACCGCAACGAUGUUAGUGGUGUUUUUCUGAACUAUAUAGUAUACGUUGUAAAUUGUUCUAUAGUUUUUCUGUUCAUAGUUCAUGGCAUAGAGUUAUAACCGUAUGAUUUACAGGUAAUAUAUAUAUAUCGUAAAUAUUAUCUUUUUAUACCACGCGAUAUUGUAAUUUAUAUACUGACCACUCAUGGAGCAAUAUGUAUACAGAUAUAUAAAAAUAUGAAAAAAUAUAUUGUUAUACAUAUAUAUAUAUAUGACCGUGUAUCACACUAUCACCUAUAGAUAAUUCUUCUAUUAUCUAUGGUAUCCCUUGCUUAUCACCCAAAAAUAUGUGUGAUUUUAAAAUGGCCUACUAGGUCCUAGUAAGCAUCACCUAGUGGCGUUUUAAAAAAUGUAUACGCUGUUAUCAUUAUUUAAUUUAUAAUAAUUGUUUAAUACAUUUUUAACUUUUUACUCUACUUAUUAGUUAUUUUUAAAUAGAUUGCCCAGUUUACUUACUAAAUAAUUUUAAAGUGAAGUGAAUUAAUUUUCUUAAUUAAUAAUUAUCAAUCACGCAUUACAUUCAUAUUAUUUAAUUGUAUAAUCUGGUGUGAUGAAUCCGCCCAACCCAAAAGUUUCCCCUGAAGCAUUAAUUGUAGCUCAACAACCUGAGGAAUGUUUAAAAACUAAAAAACCAGAAAGUCCGCCUGAAAGUAUCACGUUCGACUGUCCAUACACUUUACGCAAGACCUCUCAAUUACAAUUCCACAGUAGACUUUGGACUGUUGGUGACAUUGCAUUAGUGGGUGAACCGAAAAAAAAUGCUUUUGUACAAAUUAUUGAACUAUAUCAAAAUGCUUUUUGUGAAAAACGCGCCAAAGUCAUAUGGUUGGCACCUAAAGUAGACAAUAAAGUCAUUAAUUACUCAUGUUUUAAGCCCAACGAUUAUAGGCAUAUCAAUGUUGAUAAAAGAUUAGUACCAAUAGAAUGCUUAAAAUUUAUUAUGAGGGUUCCAAGCAAUUUAUUCGAGUAUAUAGAAUAUAUUGGUCCAGAUUACUUGAUAAAUACAAGUAUUUUAUCACACUCAGAAAGAUAUCCAAUAUCCGAUGUUCCAUAUAAAGCAACUAAAUCUAAACCGAAAAGUAAAGCACAGAAGCGAAGUGCUAAGCAAGCGAACAAAGUAGUAAAAAAAAAAUGAUCUUUCUUUAUAUUAUAAACCAACAUUAUUGUAUAUAUUAAAUUAAUCAUUCGCCAAAAUUACUAUUAUGUUAUAAUAUUUAUUCCUAUCAAAGUGUAUUUAUUUUGGAAAUAUUAGUAAAUGAUUAUAAUAUUAUGAUUUUUCUUAAUAGGAAAAUGUUUAUAUUUUAUAGUCAUGUUUUUUAUUAGUACCUAUAUUACUAUUAAACUAAUUUUUUUUUCAUAUUGUAAUGUUUUAUUUUCAAUCAAAUAUUAUUUACUAGCUGUUCUGCACAGCCUUGCCCAUGUACAACAUGAAUGAAAAUAUACUAUCUAUUUCAAAAAUCUUCCCAUAAGGAAACUACUGAACAGUUUAAAUAUAAUUUUCGUUUUGUGAGUACUAUUAUUAUAGUACUCAUAGUAUGUAGUCUAUUUUAAAAGGGGGAUCUUACCUGUGAUAACCAAAUUAGAUAUGAAUAAUAUGUGCCAUCAGGUUAACCCAUAAAUAAUAAUAAAAAAGAAUAUCAAUUUGCGAAUUAUAAGAUUAAAAAUAAAGUAUUCACCGUGUUGAACUCUGGGAUAGAAGUCGAAAUUGUGCUUGAAAACCUACCUUGCAGUGAGAGUCCCAUUUAUUUAGUUUAACUUUUUUCUGGAUUACCAAACAGACAGACUUUUAAAUUGUAUUAUAUGUAGAUAUAGAUUCACUAAAAUGUAUCGCUUAUAUUUUUGUAAACAAUUUCAAAACUACUAUAAUAUUGUGUCUAAAUUGGUUUAGAAUAGAUUUAUUGAUAAACUAUGAAUUUUUAAAUAUUAAUUUUAAAAUACAUGUAAUAUGCUAACUAUUCGUUUAUUAUGAAUUAUGGUUGGUCUAUAUUUAUCUACUUAGUUCCUUUUACAACAUAUACUUUUAAAUUUGAAUAUAUAACCAUAAAAUAUUUUUGUUUUGUGUACUUGUAAAUAAUAGGUUACAAUUUCUUUUUAUGUCCAAUAUAUUAUAUAAACAAAUUACGUGUUUUGCAUUGUGUAAAUGUUGAUUUUACAAGUAAUAAUAUUUUGUGUUUAUUAUAUUUACUUAUAUUGAAUGUAUUUGUAUGAUUAUUGCCAACAGUAUUGUAACUCAUAAUUAAUAGUAUACAUAUUUAUAUUAUAGUAUCAUUUAAUAGAAAUAAAAAAUAGCAAUAAUGUUUCUUGUGUGCUGUCUAUAGUGAUGGGUAUUUAAUUAAUAUUUUAUAUAAUAAUUUAUUUAAUAAUAAAAUAAUUUACAAAAUAAGUCAUUGUCUCCAAAAAUAAGCGUGACAAUUAAUAAUGGCAAUGUAACAUGCAGUUCUAACUGCAUGUUUCUUAAAUUAUCGAAAACAAAUUUAUGUGAAAUAACGAGUGUUAUACGUUAAGGUGCCUGGUGCAUUUCGUUUUGCCCAGAAAAAUCCAUGCUACGGAAAUAAUGAUACUGUUCUCUAGAAUCAAUCAAAUUCAUUAUUUAUUUUUUUUUUUCAAUUUAAGGGAUGAUAUGUCAAUCAACUAGAUUGUGUGUUGGUAAACUUAAGAUUGAAAAAUACAGUUAUAGACGUAAGAAGUGCAAGAGGAACGGACUGUAAUUCAGAUGAAAUAUAAGAGGAAAUAAAAUCAAUAAUACAGGAGAGCAGCAAUAGAUGCUAUUUUGGAUUGAAUAAGCUGUUUAAGUCAAAAAUGUUGUCUAGGAGCUUAAAGGUUCAACUGUAUAGAACUCUUAUUUGGCCCGUGGUGAUGUACAGAUGCAAAACUUGGAUGAUGCAUAAGAUACAACAAAAUAACCCUUUAGUAUUUGAACGAAAAAUUCUGAGGUCGAUUUUUGGCCUUUGCAUAGCCAGAAAUACAGGAGAAGGGAGAAUCAGACAUAAUGUGGAGAUCAGGGAACUAUAUCAAAAACCAAACAUAGUUGACGAUAUAAGAAAGAUGCGGCUUUUUUGGGCUGGUCAUGCAUGGUAGAAGGAAAGAGCCGCUAUACAUAAAGUACUAUGAGGCUCUCCAGAAAGUGUAUGACCAAUUGAUUGAUCAAGAUUGAGGUGGGAAGACCAGGUGUCGAAAGAUGUGGAGCUGGUUGAACCGGAUGAUGAUUGGCGAGUCCUAGUGGAGGAUAGGAUAAGAUGGCAUGGCUUGUGUUUGCCAGUUUAGUCUUGAAAGCUGUCAACUAAGAAGAAAAAAGUAAUGGAAACCAAAAUUUAAUGGGUAGCCAUUUAAUCCAACAAAUAAAUAAUUUUAAAUUUAAUUUUAUAUAAUAUUUAAAAAUACAAUAAGUUAUAUUAAAAUGCUUCAUUUAAUAUUUAAUUGCCUCUUCCUCCUAUCAGACACUAAAAUAUGUUUCAAUAAUACAAAUCUGAAAUAAUAAUCAUAAAUUCAGAAUUACAUGGAAUAUGUGUAAUUAAAAUUAAGUUUCAGGUAUUAACUACUAUUAAGCCAUAUAGCUUAUAACAGUAAAUAUUGUCAGUUAUAACUGGAAUCUAGACUAAUAUUCUGUUAAAAUAUUUGAAAUGUGAUGUUUAUAUGUAAGAAAAAAAUUUAACAAUUAAUCUUCAUCACAAAACAAAAAAUUAACCGUUAACUAAAGUAGUAAGAUUUAGCCCCUACAUCAGUAUACUUAUCUGUGUCAUAAUAAUCAUACAUAUUAUUUCCAUUUUUAAUAUUGGUGAGUCAAAGGUAUAUUCAGAUAUAACCCUACUAUGAAUAUGAAACAUAAACAUUUCUCACUACCAUCAAACAGUAUACAUCCAUUAAAAUAUGUUUUGCUUACAAAUCCUGACUCUAGCUUAACACUCAAAAGUUUUAAAUAUGAACACUUUUAAAUUGUCUAUAACUAUGUUUAUUAUAAUAUUAUAUGUAUCAUAUUAAAUCAAAUAGAUCGAUUAAAGAAUCUCAAAAAUAAAUUGUCUACAUAAUUAUGUGUUUCAUUUAUUUCUUUAUUAUUUGUAUGUUCAUUGAUAUUAUGUUUUUUUUUUUCUGUGGAAAAUUCUGUAGUAUUUACAUACAUUAUUUACUGUCAUACAAGUAGGGAUGUAAUCAAGAUUAAAAGUAGUAUAUUUAUGUCAAUUAAUUUCUUUAUAUGGAAUAUUAGGUUUACAUUAUUAUUUGUAAUGUAAAUUAAACAAAAAUUAUCAAUUUUUUAAUAAUAUAUUAACUGUUAUAUUUCUUAGCACCCCUGAAAAGUGCUGUGCUGUAUGAAAGGUAAUUUUAUUUAAAUAAAAACAAUAAUAUAAGUGAUCUGUAUACACUUAAUAAUUUCUUAUUUUAAAAUUUAAGCAGAAAAAGGGAGCUUUACAAUGAUGUGUUUUUUUCUAAAAAAUAAUAUGGUCUAAGUUUAUUCAAUUUAAGCAGGUUAAUAAUGUAUUUUAUUUUAAAGCUAUAUUCAAACAAAUGUUGAAUAAAAACAUUUAGACAUUUAUAGACUUAAAAUUUUGUAAGAAUUAUAAAAAAAAAAUUUAGAAACCAUUUGCAUACUGGAUAAUACACAUUUUGGAGUUACUGUAUCUUUACUUUAACAUUUAGAUUAUAAAACUAUGAUGAAUAAUUAUAAUGUUUAAAGAUAAAAACCAAUACUGAGUUGAUUCAAAACCUCCAGUAAAUCAAAAUUUUCUCACCUAUAAAAUCUCUUAAAAUAUUCUAUAUUAAUAUGAAAAUGGCCUAAUUUUUGAAUUCCUGUAUUAUAAAAUAGGAAUUUCCAAAAUGUUAACUUAGAAUCUAUUGUAACAGGACUAAUUAUACUAUAAAAUCAGCUUGACAUCAAAUAAAUACACUUAUCAUGUUUUCUAUUAGAACAUUUAAUUUGAAUUAUUUCACUAAUAUUAUAUGUGUAUUAUAUUAUUUUGUUUUUGUUACUUAGAAACUCCAUCAAUUGAAUUAAUAUCAAGAGUGAAAAAAUUAUAUGACAAACAGAUAGUUGAAGUGCGUUUCCUAGUACCCAUAUUACCUGGCUUGGAUAAGAAAUAUAUUUUAAACGCUUUGCCUCAACUAAUUAAACUUAAUCCUAAUGUAGUGAAAGAGGUAUGUUUGUCUUAAUAAUGAAUUUUGUUAUAUCACCUAAUUUUGUAUUACAUAUUUAUUUGUAACCUCAUCAGAUUUUCAACCGAAUAUUAGGGAUAAACUAUUCAAGCUCAAAUACAAAUCCUCCCGUGAGUCCAGCUGAACUAUUGAUUGCUUUACACACAAUGGAUUCAGAUCCUAAUGAUCUAAAAUAUAUUAUUAAAGGUACAAUAGUUUUAAUAGUAAUAAUAAUUAAAGGAAAAUUAUGUGUUUUGUAUUUUUAUUGUAAGUAUACAAUUAUAAUUUAUUCCCAUAGCUACAUCAUUGUGUUUUGCUGAAAAAUCAGUAUUCACACAAGAGGUUUUAGCAAUUGUUAUGCAAAAUCUAAUGGAUGUAAAUCCAUUGCCAACGUUAUUGAUGCGUACGGUUAUACAAUCUCUGACAACUUAUCCACAAUUGAUUGGUUUUAUAAUGAACAUAUUGCAAAGGCUUAUACUAAAAAAAGUAUGGCAUCAAAAAACACAAUGGGAGGGAUUCGUAAAGUGCUGUCAGAAAACCAAACCUAAUAGUUUUCAAGUUUUACUACAACUGCCACCCAAACAACUAGACGAUGUCUUAUGCCAGUGUCCUGAAAUGAGAAAACUAUUAUUAGAUCAUGUCCUUAGUUUUACUGAAGUACAGGUACGAAUUUGAUAUCAGUUUAAAGGGUUUUCUUUAAGUAAACAUAAUGUUUUUCUUUUCAAAGCGGUCACAUAUCCGACAAGCAAUAAUGGAUGUUAUUUUUGGUAAUCAAUUGGAAGUUCCGAUGUAUCAAAAUUUAAAAGUGAAAUGUGAACCCAUGCCCAAAAUAAUGAAUCAAUCUGCUUCUGUCAUUGUGAGUAAUAUUAUAUUAUAGUGAUUAAACAUAUACAAUUGUUUAAAUAACUAUGAAAAAAACCAAGAAAAACCUGGAAAAGUUCCCGAGAAUUGCCCUUAAAUGACGAAAGUAUCUAACUUUCUGACUACACAUAAUGACACGACGCUUCGAAAUAGCAAAAAAUUGAAAUAUUUAUUUAAUUUACUCUUAUAAGAUUCAUACUGAAUAUCAUAUUAUUCAUAUAAAUAUCAUAUAAUAUGUCCAUCUUGUGUAAUUGUGAAGUUGUGAGUUUUGUCAUUAUGUGUACAUUUAAAUAUACACAAAUUAAUUAAAAUGAAAGAUUAAAGGUUAAAUAAUUUCAUUUUAGUCGCAUUCUUUAUCAUAUAAAAAAAAUUACAAAGUUUUCACUACCAUUAAAAUAUAAAAAUCUAGCCUUUUUCAUCAUUUUAAACUACAUACAAAUUACUUGUGUAAUCUGUUUGUAUAAUCGGACACUGUAAUGUAAAAAUAAUAGUUUGUUAUUUAUUUCCAAUCUAUUUUUAACAAACUAAUAUACUGUUUCUUUUCCCUAGAGUUCUUUUGCCUAUCACAUAGAUUUUUCUUUAUGUCACGUGAUUUUUUUAAACAAAUUUAAGUUUUAACAUAGGUAGUACAAAUUUGAAAUUAAAUUUAAAAUUGUUUUUUCUUUACUUUUUUUUUUUUUUGAUACUAUAUGGCUAUAUUGGUCUGUUUUGUAUUAUUUUUUCUUUUGUUCAUACUUCAAUUAUUGUUUCUUUUAACAGUGCUUAAAUUAAUACUUAUAAUUACCUACUGUAUUAUUUUCCAAAGAGUCUUUUGACUUGUUUAAAAUUAAAAUAAAUUAUACUAGGGCCCAGUUUUUCAAUGAUAUUUAUCCCUCAGAUAAUGCAAGUUAUUUGACAGAUGGAAAACAUUUGUCCAUUUUUCAUUGUCAGAAUAAGAUUAAUCGACGAAUAAUGUUUAAUAUGGUCUUCUAAAAUGAUACAAUUUAAGAGAACGUUAUACCCCCAUCUACCUAACCUUAUAAUACUUACGCAGAAUAAGUAAAACUAGCUUAAUUAUUUUGAUUUUAGAGUAAAAGUACCUAUAAUGCAAUUUAUAGAGAACAAUAUUUUUGAGGGCAUGUCAUUGGUGGUUUUUGAAUUAUGAACUAUUAAAAAAGUUAUAGUUAUUUAAAAAAUAAAAAAUAAAGGUUUUUGUGUUUUUUAUAUCAAGCUGUAAAUUUUGAAUAAUAGAAAAACCCUGUCAUAGGGUCUCAAAAUGUGGGUCAUAUUUUUAAAUAAUCAUUUUUUUAGAUUUUGAGUGGAGCGAAGAAUGUAAUGGUUUUACAAUGAUGUUUACUUAUUUAUUUUUUCUAUCCGUGAACAACUUUUCUACUAGAUAUCUUACUCCGAUUUAUAAGUGUGGCACUUUUUCUGAAAAUAAAUCGGACUGGGAUGGUACUUCUAAAAAGUAAUUUUUGAUGUUCCCAUGAGUUUUCUCAAUAUGUAGUAAAAAUGGAAAAAAAAACUGAUGAACAACGGGAAAAUGUACGAAAUAUAGGUUUUAGUUAAAAAAAAUACUACGGCUUUAUUUUUUCUAUGAACAAAUAUUUUACCAGUGAAUUGGAAACUAGAGUUUGCGACUGAAUAAAUUUCACAAAUCGUCCAGAAAUGAAAAAUGGACCCAAAAAAGGGUCAUCGAUAUUAUUGUGGGUCGCUAAAAUUUAAAUUAUUUCCAAAAUGGGUCUCGCCAUAAAAAUUUUAGGAACCUCUGCCUUAUUGCUUUCCCACCAAAAUAUUGUUCUCUAUAUAUUUCAUAAAAGGUGCUUUUACUACAUGUUACCCUGUAGUUGGACUGAGGCAUUAGACGUGGGUAUAACGUUUUCUUAACAUGUGACAAUAAUUUAAUUUAGAUGAAAAACGGAAAAGUGGUUUUGAAGAACAUUCCCGGGAAGGUAAUUUUUCUCGGGAAUUUUCCCCAUGGGACAUCAUUAAGCAUAUUUAUGAUAAAUUUCGAACUAGAUUCUGGAUAACAUAGACGAUUUUAAUAAAAUUGCAAUUAUAAAAAUUAAAUUUUAAAUGAAUAUUAGCGUUGAGACAUAAUAUUAUGGAGGAACAAAAAAUAAUUUUGGUGGGUAAUACCAUUGGUUUUGUAAUAGACAGAUAAGCGACGCUGUAGAAACACCGGCCGCCAGUUCCAAAUAUUCGACGGCUGUCAGCGGUCGGUGGGGUGUACACCUAUCCAUACUGCAGCAAUGCAUGAUUUCUCAUGUAUCCGUCUAAACUAUAAUUAACUUGUCAGUAAAUAAAUGGUAUUUUGGAAGUAACAUUCUCAGAAUAUUGCGUUGAUAUUAAUUCUAUUAUUACCUGUUAUUGUCGAUGUAAACAAAUGGCGUAAAUAAAUAAUUUGAGUCGUAAUUAAUUUAAUUUAAUACAAAAUACAAAAGAACAGGCCUUUUCUAAGUACCAAGUUUCUGACGACGUUAUUAAACAUUUUUGCGAUUUUUUUCACAUAGCUGUUCCAAGUAUUUCCCCAAGUUUCCCCGCGUUGUCAUUUUUUCAUUUUUUGACUGAGGAAGACGAGGAACAGACAGGAGGGAGAUAUAUUUUGGUUAAAUAUUAACAAUUUUUCGGCGAGACAUUUAAAUGAUUUUACGAAAUAUUUUUACCCUUAAUUGAGUACACACAAAUAAUAUAUCCGAUAUCGAAUAAACGCAACUUGGCGUCCCUGUUUGAUUAUUUUAACUUUUGUUCGCCGUUUUUUCUAAACAGAAAUAUUGCUCCAACCGAAAAAUGACAAGUGAUUGAUUUUGUUCCUUUUAAUAUACAGCCAAAAAAAGACGAGAAAUACGAUUUUUUAAAUUUGUUUAAAAUUUUGUUUUCUAUCAUAAAUAUUGCUCCAACAGAAAAACAACAAACCUUUGUUGUUGAAUUUUUCAUACAGUUGGUGAUUAGGAAAAUCGUUUUUUCAUUUUAUCUGUAGUUUAUUUUAAUAAUUGAACGAAACCGAAAAAUACGUAGAAAGCAUAGGAAAAUUUACGAAAAUAAAUGCUUUUAUUAUUUUAAAUUUAGUUUUUUUAAAUUUAAUUCAGUUAAAAAUAUUCGUAGAAACUUGAAAUUUCGACAGAGACCUAAUAUUAUUUUUCUUCUAGACAUGGUAAAAUUUUCAAAACAUUUAAGCCAUUUUUGAUAGACAUUUUAAUUUUACCAGGUUUUUACGUAAUUUUUAUUUGGUAGGUACUCUGUAGAUAAAAUUGUUUGUUAAAACAGAAAUGCUUGAAAAUUUGAGAUGAGGUUCAUUAUAAGUGGUUCAUUCUCAAGUUGUCAAAAAAACAACUUUUAAUGUAAUAUAGUAAUUUUUUUUUUUUUUAUAUAUAUAUAUAAAAGUUUCAAAAUCAAAUUUUGACGAAAAUUGUAGAUAAUACGGCCAUUCAAAACACGUAUAACCGAAUUCCGCUCAAAAUCGUUGAAUAAAUGUAUACAUUCAAUUCCCCUUUAUAUCUUACCUUUCCCAACUAUCUACUUACCAAAGCGGCCAUACCCGUUUUAAGUAUCAAUUCUUUUUUUUUUUAAAUAUCUGUGAAUAACUUAAAUUGUUAUGGUUAUAUUUAUUUGUAUAAAUAUUAUUAUUUCCAGAUUUCUAUUCUUAGUUCCUUCAUUAGUUAUUUAUACUUGUUCUUAUUUGUCUCUGAUAUUCUGUUUUACCUACUAUUUAAAUAUUAUUAGAUCUUUGGUCUGGAUACAAACAGGUGGCAUAUUAAUAAUUUUGACGGAACGAACUGGAAAUCUAUUUCGGUAUUAAUGCCGAUAACGAUUAUUCGAUAAAAUUCGUAAUAAUAUAAAUCGAGACACCAACACGACUCAUUAAGAUAUGAUAAUUAUUUGUUCAUUAAUACUACGCUACUCAUCGGCAAUCCGUAUACAUAUUAUUUUAUUCACUGAAAACGACUAAAUCAUUGCUUAUUUAUUAUAAAAUCAAUGGUAAUAUUAAAAAAUAAAAUAUUUAUCUUUAGGUAUAUCAUUAGGAAUUAAUUUGUUAAGUAAAAUUUAAAACAAAAAUUUCCGAAGACAUACGUUUUAUUUUUGUAAAUCUCUCCACACACAGUACAUUGAAAUAAUUAAUGUUAAACAAACUAAAAUUCAAACAGAGUUUUUAUUCCUUUAAUGCAUUAUAAAAAUACAAUAUCAUUGAAAAUAUAACUUUAAAAGCUGUAAAUAGUUGAUAUUAAUAAAAAAACGACCAGACUACCUUAUCAAAAAAAAAAAAAACCGAAGUGUUACAUUACAGAGGCAAAAUAUCUCUAAUAAAGUAUACAUUUCAUGAAUUUGCUAAAGUAGUAAUCAUACAAAUAGUAAAUAUUUGUAUAAAUGUAUUACUUACAGGACUGCUAGUGAAUCACUAAGUCACUUUUUUUAGAAAAAUCCAAAUUUAAUCACUUUAUUUUUAUUUACUAUUGUUUAUUAAUUAUUCUAGGGACGCACUACAUUUUUUUUCAUCACUGUAGAAAAAAUUGAUUAUAAUAUUAUCAAAAAUGUCAUCAUACAAACUUGAAAUAUAAUAAUUAUAUUAAUUAUUAAUUUGCUAGUAUUUUUUUUGUUACCUGCACUAAUUAGGAUUUAUACCAGUUUACGGGAGAAUCGGAAAAUUAUUUAGUUGGAACUAUAUUUUAAAAAUAUUUCUUUGGAAUUUAAAAUGUAUUAGUUUAACUAAAUAAAGUUAAAUUGAUAUAACCAAUUAAUUUUUUUUAAAUUUAAAAAAAAUGUUAUUACUUUUCACUAAUAAGGGGAUUCAAUACCGACUGUCAUUUUUAUCGAUAUAGAUUUUUACUAUGCUAAUUGUAUCGACUGUCAUAGUAAUAAAACUUCUAAAAAUAUGCUUAAAUUAGUAAUGAAGUAUACUUUAAAACGACUAUCACUUUUUAAAAUUACACUUUUUUUAAACCCUUCAAAAAUUUGAAAAUUUGAAUAAUAUUGAACAAAAAACAAAAAAUAAAUAAUGUUAACAAAAUAACAUCUCAUUCGAAUUCAGUUCACAUUCAUGGUUAACAAAUUAUUUAUGAUGUGUAUAUUAUAUAUUUGUUUUAAGAGACUGUUGUACACGCAGUGUUGUCUCUGUCAUACAACUAUACGACAUAGCACAUUUUCUUUCAGCAGGGAAUAUUCUGCCCUGUCAGUUUUAAUAUGAGAGUGAAUAUUCCCCAACUUGAAGAUCAGAACAUUAUCUGUGUUCUGUCUUCAUUUUUUUUUUCUUUGUAAUUUAAAUUUUCAAAUGAUAUUAUAUUAGUAUUAAACACUACAAUUUUGAGGGUUCUGUCACUGGACAACAUUCCUCAUAUUAAUCAUGCUAAGCAAGAAAAAUCAAAACACAUUUGCUUAUUGUGCAUAAUUUGUUAUAGAUUGUGUAUUUUUCUAUUUUAAUAGAAAAAAAAAUUAUCACAUUUUAAAAUAUUUAUCUCACUUAAAAAUUAAAAUUAACUCCAAUAUUAAAACUAAUAAUACAGAGUUGUCUCCAAUAAAUGAAAAUGUACUAUGUCGCAUAGUUGAAAGACAGAAACAGCACAUUCGGGUACAAUGACCUCAUAAGAACAAAUAAUAUUGUGUAAUUUAAUUUUAAUAUUAGUACUGAGUAAAAUAAUUAUUAUAUUUUAAUUAUUUUUGUUAUUGAUGUAUAUCAUUUGUUAGUUUAAAUAAUACAAACUCAAUAGAAUAAGACUGAAUUUACUGUGAUUAUUUGUGCGUUGGAUGAGCUUACAUUAUUUAUUAUUAUUUUUUUUUACAGACACAGGAAAAACAGCUUACAGAAAAAAUAUUAGAUUUGAAUGAAGAUGAACUUAGGCCCCCUGGCGAUUGUGAUGAAGACUCAAUUAAUGGAAUAUAAAUGUUAACUAUUACAUUAUGUCUGAUUUAUUUAUAUUAUUUUUCAACUUAAAUAACAAUUACCAAUGUUUAAGAAUUGUGUUUGAACACAAUAUUAUUGUGUUAAACCUUAAAAAAAGGUUUAUUUUGUAUAGGUACACUGUAUAUAUUAUAACAUUUUUAAUAAUAAAUUAUGACAUUAUAAAGUGAAAAAAAAAA